AUGGCGAUUUUACCAGAAAACUAUUCAAACUUGGAUCUUACUAUCUCCGUUCCAGGCUUCUCUUCCUCUCCUCUCUCCGAUGAAGGAAGUGGUGGAGGAAGAGAACAGCUAAAGCUAGACAUGAAUCGAUUGCCGUCAUCAGAAGACGAUGAAGAACUCAGCCACGGUGGCUCUGCUCCUCCCCGCAAAAAACUCCGUCUAACCAGAGAACAGUCUCGUCUUCUGGAAGAUAGUUUCAGACAGAAUCAUACCCUUAAUCCCAAACAAAAAGAAGCACUUGCAAAGCAUUUGAUGCUACGGCCAAGACAAAUUGAAGUUUGGUUUCAAAACCGUAGAGCAAGGAGCAAACUCAAGCAAACUGAGAUGGAAUGCGAGUAUCUUAAAAGGUGGUUUGGCUCAUUAACAGAACAAAACCACCGGCUCCACAGAGAAGUAGAAGAGCUUAGAGCCAUGAAGGUGGGUUCACCCACGGUUACAUCCGCCUCGAGCCUCACCAUGUGUCCUCGUUGUGAGCGAGUCACCACUUCAGCGGGCCCCUCCAUGGCGGUGAUGGCGGUUCCGGCCAAGAAAACGUUUACGCCGCAAGAGUGUGAGCAUUGA